AUGCGCAAUUCUCCAAGACCCGAACCUCUGAGGCAGCACAUCCCCGCAUACCUAGCUAGUCUGAAGCCGGUGAAACCCGCGUCCACCCUGCGCGAGACCAUCGCGGGUGCAUUCUCACUGCAGGGGUUUCGGAUCACAAUGUCACUGUCCACGCACGGCACAAUUCACUGGCUCGAGAUCCCAGUCAUAAAUGCAGCCCGGGCCGCAGCUUUCUACACCUCCAUCUUCCGCUGGGAAUGCACAAGUUUCGGCCCGUCUUCGCCCCCCUCUUCGUCCUCCUCAUCAUCUACACCCGCCAACAACAGGAACCCAGCAAGCACGAUCCACAUGUUCCGAAAGGGCGGCACGCUCAACGGCGCGUUCAUUCAGGUGCCUGAGGGCUGUCUGGUCCAGGCCUGGGGAUCCAGCGGCUCGGUCGACGGCAGAGUCAGCAUGGCGGUCCUGACGACAUUCGCGGUUGAGAGCAUUGAGGCGACGUUGAAGAUGGUUGAGGACUUGGGCGGGAGAGUGUACUUGGAAAAGACGGCCAUUGGUGGCGGAAUGGGGUACUUGGCUAGGUUCGUCGACUGUGAGGGCAACCUCCAAGGCAUCUGGGCCCAAAAUUAA